CUCAACGUUCCUGCUAUUACUAAUUCCUGAAGAGGCCGCCGGUUGACUCUCAUCAUCUGUGCUAAUCUUAUCUAAUCGGUAGGCAAUAACCAUGUUCAUUGUCGUUUGUUUGCCGGAGCCGGCAGAGCCAGAGUUCCUUACAGCUUUAGUUUGCACAUAACGAUCUUAAUUUGCUCUGAGUUCGUUAUUUGUAUAGAAAACAAUCUUUCCAGGAACCUGAUUCAAGCUUACGACUGCCUAAUUUGUUUAUUAUUUUGUUGGGAUGCAUGCAAAGCAGUGAAAAAUGAAGCUGGACGUUGAUGUUCUGAGAUAUCUAUCCAGAGAGGACUUUAGGGUUCUCACCGCUGUUGAGAUGGGCAUGAGGAAUCAUGAAAUUGUACCGUCAGUGCUCAUUGACCGCAUUGCUUCUCUCAAGCAUGGAGGUACAUACAAGGUUUUGAAGAACUUACUCAAGCAUAAGCUGCUGCAUCAUGAUGCUUCGAAAUAUGAUGGGUUUCGUCUCACCUACCUUGGUUAUGAUUUCCUUGCCAUUAAGACUAUGGUGAAUCGUGGAGUCUUCACUGCUGUUGGUCGUCAGAUUGGGGUUGGCAAAGAAUCUGACAUCUUUGAGGUUUCUCGUGAGGAUGGUACUAUCAUGGCAAUGAAGUUGCAUAGACUUGGUAGAACUUCCUUUAGGGCCGUAAAAUCUAAGCGUGACUACUUAAGGCAUCGUAAUAACUAUAACUGGCUCUAUUUGUCCCGUCUUGCUGCUCUCAAAGAAUAUGCUUUUAUGAAGGCUUUAGAAGAACAUGGAUUUCCAGUGCCAAAUUCUGUGGACUGUAAUAGGCAUUGUGUGGUUAUGUCACUUGUCCAAGGUUAUCCACUUGUGCAGGUAAAGGAGUUGCAGAAUCCAGAAGUAGUUUUUGAAACAAUCCUUGGCCUUAUCAUUCGUUUGGCAGAGCAUGGUCUCAUUCACUGUGACUUCAAUGAGUUUAACAUUAUGAUUGAUGAUGAUGAGAAGGUCACCAUGAUUGAUUUUCCCCAAAUGGUAUCUGUUUCACACCGUAAUGCACAAAUGUACUUUGAUCGUGAUGUUGAAUGCAUCUAUAAAUUUUUUGGCAAGAGGUUCAAGUUGACCUUUGAAGAACAAGAUGAUAAUGUUGAUGCUUCUGAGGUAGACACAGAUGAAAGUAGUAGGCCUUCCUUUUCUUCAAUAAACAAAACUGCUGGUUUUCUUGACAAGGAACUUGCUGCCAGUGGAUUUACAAGAAAGGAGCAGGAUGAGAUAGAGAGGGUAUGUGAUUCAUCCCUGGUUGAGUUGCCUCCUUUCAAGUGUGUUGUUGUGCUUAGUGACAUUGAGGAGGAUGCUGGUGAUGAGGGUGAAGGAACUGAAGAUAAUGGACAUGAAUCAGAAUUAAAUAAAACAACCAUAAAGGAUUUGGGUUCUUUGCAGUUAAAAGAGGAAGAGCCAACAUCAAGUCAUAACAAGGAAGACAGGAUUGAGGUGAACCAACAGACCUUUGAAGCAAGCCAAAGCACGGAAAGUGAAAGUGCAAGUGAUGGGGAGGAAGAAUGUGAAGGUGAAAAUGAUGCUCAACUUGUCAAGAGUUUGACCAAGCAGAGACGUCGUGCAAUAGCAGCCGCACAUAGGGGACGGAAGAAUUAUGCAUCCAGAAAUUCUUACAAAGACAAAGGUGGUAGAUCCUCACACAACUCUAAAAUCCAGAAACAGUUGAAUAGCUGGUGAACUUUGUAUGCAUUACCAGAACCUGUCGUGAAGCAUUGAGGCUAUGGAUUAAAUGGUCUCUCCAGUGCAGAAACACAAGAGUGAUGAUUAUAAAACAGAGUUGCAGAGUGACGAAGUCAGCGUACUGUGUAGAAAACAAAAAGGAAAAACUAUAAGCAUAGUCAAGAAUUUUUGUUUUGGAUUGUUGUUCUUAGUCCAUUGUGGUGAUGCCGGUGGAUUAAAACCGAUAAUCUGUGUGUUGGAGCUUUGGCCCUUUUUUUUUUUUUGGCAUAGAAUCAAAUGAUACAUUUCACAGCUAUAUAUGAGACUCUGAAAAAGGAGUAGGAACACUUCAAAAUUUGGUGAAAUUUU